AUGCCGCGACCAAGUAAGGGCUGCACAGGCCCGGGUAGCUGGCAGGAUGUGGGUGCUGGCCGGCUGGUAUCGAAGCAAAUCCCCUGGGAGGAGCCCGGGCUGCCGAAGGUGCAGCGGACGGUGCUGACGUAUCUGCCGGCUUCGGCUGUCGGAAAGCCAGUCCCUGCUGUCUUGGUGUUCCACGGCUGGGGUGGACAUGCUUCUGCGUACCACGACCGCUACGGCUUUGGGCCCUUGGCAGAGCAGGCUGGUUUCCUGGCAGUGUACCCAGAAGGCAUGAAUGAUACUGCCGAUGGGAGUGGCCAGACUUCCUGGAACGCUGCUGGAGCCUCCAGUUCCAACCAAUCCGUGCAAUCCUGCAACGUGAGCAGAACUUCAUCGGGCUUGUGUUACUCAAGCUGCCAAAUCAAGAAGGGACGCUGCCACACUUGCGAUUGGGCCACCUGCUAUGAUGAUGUGGGAUUCAUCCGCUCUCUUCUCACAAGGAUAGGGGAGCAGUACUGCGUGGACCUGGACCGUGUCUAUGCAUACGGCUGUUCCAACGGAGGGCUAAUGGUUCACCAGCUGGCUCAAAGCCUUCCUGACCACUUCGUGGCCAUCGCGGCCGCCUGUGGCGGAAAGCCACACCGAGGCUUUGAGACAAACUUCAAACCAGGUGGAGAACCCGUUUCCAUGAUGCUGUUGCAGGGCCGGACGGACCACACAAUCCCUGCACAUACUCCCGCUGCAAACGUAAACUGGUGGGAUGGCUACUACUAUGCUGACGAAAUGGCUGUGGUGAAUGCAUACAAAGCCUACGAUCACUGCUUGAAUUCCGAGCCACGGAGAUUCCCCAUACCGUAUGGGGCAGGCAGCAAGAAUCUGUCCUGUGUAGAAUAUGGCUAUAGUUGUUUGCAGAGCUCCUCCGUGGUUGAGUGCACCUUCGACGCUGGGCACGAUGUGUUGUGGGAGACAGACUCGAACAGCCUCGCGGACGGCCCGGAAACUGCUUGGUUUUUCCUGUGCCAACAUUCCCGGGGUGGUGCCAUCCCGGCAGAGUCAUGCGUGCUAUCACAAAAGCCGGCCUCGUUAAUGCAGAACCAACAGCUCUUCCUGGAGCCAGAGGCUGCGCAGUCUGCAAAGCCAGUCGUGUGGCACUACUUAGCCCAAGUCGCGAUCGGUAUCGGUUUCCUUGCCUUUGGACUUGGCGUGUUUUGCUCUCACAAACGAAGAAGAAGACGCGCGAAUGACCAGCGCAGCGACUACGCCGAAUUCUCCGCAUGA